UUUGACAAAAGUUGAGUUGUGUUCAAAGCUCAGUCUCAAAAGUCAAGGAGUAUCAUCAUUCAAUGGCCACCACCAGCAGCAGCAAUCAUGGUGCUGAUCGAUCAGCGGCAGUCAGUCGGAUUGUCGGCGACGACGUCUACGCGCGCAUCAAGGCAGCCAAGGUCUUGAUGGUGGGCGCAGGCGGCAUUGGCUGCGAGCUGCUCAAGAACCUCGUCCUGUCUGGCUUUGUCAAUGUCGUCGUUGUGGAUCUCGACACGAUCGAAGUGAGCAACCUCAACAGACAGUUCCUCUUCCAGCGGCAGCACGUCGGCUUGCCCAAGGCGCAGGUCGCGGCGGACAGCGCACGGCGAUUCAAUCCACAGGCCAACAUUGUCUUCCACCACGCCAACAUCAAGAACAAGGAGUUUAGCCAAGAGUGGUUUGGCCAGUUUGAUCUCGUUCUGAACGCCUUGGAUAACGUGUCUGCUCGCAACCAUGUCAACCGCAUGUGUCUGGCUGCAGAUGUGCCACUGGUCGAGAGUGGCACUGCUGGCUAUCUUGGUCAGGUCACUGUGAUCAAGAAAGGAGCGACAGAGUGCUUCGAGUGCACUCCCAAGCCGCCGCCAAAGCAGCACCCGGUGUGCACCAUUCGCAACACUCCUUCGCUCCCAAUCCACUGCAUCGUGUGGGGAAAGUUCCUGUUCAACCAGCUGUUUGGCCUGGCCGACGACGAGAACAACAUUUCGCCCAACACGGCAGAUCCAGAAGCAGCGGGCGACAAUGCUGAUGCUGGACGACAGGACGUGGAUGGGCGAGACGCCAAUGCUGAGCUUUCCUCGGCUGACAGCGCCACCAACAACAACGUCCAGAGCCUGCGCGCUUGGGCUAUUGAGCACCAGUAUCACGCUGAUGAAACCGUCCAAAAGCUCUUUGUCAACGACGUCAAGACGCUGUUGCGCAUGGACAAGUUGUGGCGCGAGCGCCGACCACCAGUCCCGCUGGAUACCUUGCUCGAGCAAAGCACGGACGGCACAAACGACGACGGCCCCGCCUCCAGCACUCGGCUCAAGGAUCAGCGUGUGUGGGGCUUGAAGGAAUGCACGGACGUGUUCCGCUCGUCCUUGAGCCGGCUCGCCCAGCGCCUCUCUGAAGAACAGGCCAAGGCUGCCGCAUCCGGUUCGUCGGAGGCUGCCAUUCUCUCCUGGGACAAGGACGACGAUCUGGCCAUGGACUUUGUCACGGCGGCCGCCAAUUUGCGCAUGUCCGUGUUUUCCAUUCCCAACAUGUGCCGCUUUGAUGCCAAGUCCAUGGCGGGCAACAUUAUUCCUGCUAUUGCCACGACGAAUGCCAUUGUUGCUGGUUUGAUUGUGCUCGAGGCGAUGAAGAUUCUGCGUGACCAGUUCUCGAUUUGCCGGAUGACUUUCUUGGCUCGCAAACCCAACUCGCGGAUGAAAGUGCUUCUCCCAACUGAACUUUCCAAGCCCAAUCCGAAUUGCCAUGUCUGUGCCGCAAAGCCCCGAGUCACCGUCCAUGUCAAUACCAACACUAUGACCCUUGGCCAAUUUGAUGAGGUCGUCCUCAAAGGGCGACUGGGCAUGAUUGCUCCCGACAUGAUGGAGGGUAAUAGAAUCCUGUUGUCCAGCGAACCUGGCGAGACUGACAUUAACAACCCCAAGGCGCUAUCGUCCCUGGGGAUUGUGCACGACACGAGCGUGUUUGUGGAGGACUUCCACCAGAGCUACGAACUGACCAUUCGCGUCCUUCAUCGAGAGGCAUUCGAAGCGGACGCACAGUUUGUUGUCGAAGGCCAGGGCUCAGUCCCUCCGCCAGCUGCACAAGCACCCGCUGCUCCUGCGCCCACCCCAUCAGCGGAUCGGAAACGAAAGGCCGAGGACGACAGCGAUGCACCAGCAGUGGUGGACGAUGAUGAUAUUGUCCUGAUGGAUGAUGGCUCAGCGUCCGACCACCAGCCCGCAGCCGCUCAUGUCAACAAGAAGCAUCGACUGGAAACCCCUGCCGACGACGAGGACGAUAUUGUCUUUGAAUAGGCAUACGUGCGAGUGUGUGAGUGUGUGUGAGCGACGAGUCAUUGAAAUAGCUACACACUUUUGUUUUGGACGAUGGAACGAAACGAGUG